UAUGAAUAUUCAAAUAAGUUUUUUUUAUUGCAUGUUUAAAGGCCUAAAAAAUACAUAUCCGUAGAGCAGAAGAAGUAUUUAGUAGACUUCAUGGUCGACAAUUUGGACUUCGCCAACAACAGAUUUCAGUCGCUACGAGGGAAGGAGCUGCAAAAACAGAAAUGGGAGAGCUUAGGCAACGCGCUGAAUGCUCUUGGAGGUGCUAGAAAGACUGCCGAUCAAUGGGAGCUUUCGUGGCGAGACCUGAAACAAAAAACAAAAACCAAGUGGCUGCUAAUCCAAAAUCGUCAAAGCGGCGAAAACGGAAUGGUUAAAAAGAAGCGCGAUGUUUUAACGGAGCUUGAAAAAACCAUCCUUGCCAUAAUGCAGAAGGAUACACUUGACGGAGAUGGAAGGACACAAGAAGGUGGUUUCAAUCAACAGACCCUUGCAGUGGAUUUUGACACUGGCGAUGCCGUUCCGGAACAACCACACGACGCUCACGCCGAAGAAAUUGAAUACCUGGAGGAAGCGUAUGGAAAUGUGGUUGCUACCGGCAACGAAAUCGAUCAUAUGCCCAACGAUGCACGCGGUAAUGCUCAUGUUGCACCUGUGGAAGAGAGUGAUGACAUUGAAGCAACCACUCCGCACAUCAUGCAAGAAGCCGAAACACGUCCGACACGAACGACAACACCCGCCAGAGGUCGAAAACUUGGUAGAGGUCAACGGUACUCAGAUACUGGAGCUGAUAAGAAAGAAUACAGGAAACGUAAACUGGAGCUGCACGAGAAAAAGCUGCUCAUUGAGGAGAAGAAGUUAGUGAUUAAACAUCAGAAGGUGGAGGCACUGUAUGCCAUCAACGAAACCUUACAAGUGUUAUUAAACCACGAUGGAGGUGUCAUCUGCGAACAGAGACAGAAUUGCAUGUCGGAGGUGAUUGAAAUGCAGGGGCCCGAGGAGACUGCCCUGGGGAACGCCGGCGACGAUGUUGUGCGCAUUGGAACUAGCUCUGAUGACUGA